CUGCCAAGGAAAGCACUUCGCGUAACGGUUUACCGAAUAUUUUUUGAUUGUGAUUUUGUGUGUGAUACAAAAAUAUCCAGAAAACCAUGCUGAAAUUUAUUCUUCCUUGCUUGGCCCUUUUGUCCGUGAGUAGAGCUUUAAAGAUUCACGACUACCACCAGGGUCACGCGGAGUAUGAACACCACGAGCCGGAGCACCAUGUCAAGUACGAGCCAGAGCACGAGGAGACGGAGCUGCACCAUGAAGUAGAUCACAAGCACGCCACAUCACACCAGAGCGUGAAGUUCCAUCACUACCACGCAGUGCCCGUAUACAUCAAGAAGGAGGACCAACACUUGGUAAAAAAACCCAUCGAAAUUGGUGGUACCAAGCAGAAGCUGAAGAUCCUGCAUCCGAAGAGCGAGCACAACCAUAACCACGGGCUGGUGCUGGAGAACCAUAGUGAGUCACAUGUCCACGAGCACGGACACUAUGAGGAGCCGGUGCAUCACUUGGAGCACUACUCGCAACACGAGUAGGAUUUGGAUAUAGGAUUUUCGUUGACCUUUAUGUUAAUUUUCUUGUAUUAAUAAAGCGUUCUACUAGAAUUUAGAAUAAAAAUUAAUGGGUAUUUUAUUAUCCUACUUGUAAAUAUA